AUGGAUAUCCCGCAGCAGCAAAAAGUACAGCAACAGGUGCCCACCAUGGAAGAAGUGCAGAACAUCAUCAAGCUGCAGCGCUCUAUCGUCAUGGCCGACAUCCUCAAAGUCAAGCCGGAAAUGAGCGAUCCGGAAAAGUACAACGCGGCUCUCAAGGAGGCUACGGCACUGGCUCUCUACAACAUCUACCACGCGAAGCGCGACCGCAAAGUCAAAACCGAGGCUUUUGUGGGAUGGUAUAUCUCCAAUUUCCUGUGGAUGAUGUUCCACGGUGGCGUCGAUCCCAAGAAAAACCCCAUCCGUCACCUCGAGCCCAUCGACUUCCCAGGAGAGCCCGAGUCUUUGGCGUAUGAAUGCUACAUGUUGGGAAGGCGGGAUCGAGAAGAGGAGGCCCAGAACAAUCAACAACAGGUUGCGGCAAGUGACAAGGAAGACGGUAAAGACGCGGCGCAGCCAUACGUAAAGGUUAAUGUCGAUCAAAGCACCGAAUAUCUGAUCACGGUUGAGGUGGAUGGUGGACGUGAGGUGGCUAAUCCUCUGUACCGGAACAUUGCGCAGUGCGUCAAGGACUUUGGCCAAGGGUCUCACUAUGUCAGAAAAAGGCCAGGCCCAAGCUACAAGAAAAAAGUUGAAAGACCUGCCCCUGUUCAGCAGACUUCAUCAAGGCCGGCGAAGAGAGCAAGAUAUUGA